CCCCCGCUACGUGGUCCAUUUCCAGUCCAGUCUCCAACAAGGCCGGAGCGCAGCGCAGGCGAGCACGCAACGCUGAUCGAUUCCGAUCCGCACACGCACGCCCGCCCGCCGCUAAUGGGCGACGCGGAGGCCGCCUCGAGGGUGGGGAGGAGGGGGGCGGCCGCCGCCGCGGGGAUGAGGGUGUUCUCGCCGGAGUACUACGCGCUCUGCGCCGGCGGCGGGAUGCUGGCGGCGGGCGCAACCCACCUCGCCAUCACCCCGCUCGACGUGCUCAAGGUCAACAUGCAGGUGAAUCCCAUGAAGUAUAACAGUAUAUUUUCAGGACUAAAUGUUCUUGUGAAAGAAGAGGGACCUUCGUCACUUUGGAGAGGCUGGGGAGGGAAAUUUGUUGGCUAUGGUGUUCAGGGUGGCUGCAGGUUUGGCCUCUAUGAAUAUUUCAAGAAGAGGUACUCUGACAUGCUAGUAGACAGUAACAAGAGCACCAUAUACUUCCUUAGUAGUGCCUCUGCUCAAAUCAUAGCUGAUGUUGCCCUGUGUCCGUUUGAAUCGGUGAAAGUCCGUGUUCAGACUCAGCCCAUGUUUGCAAAAGGUUUGGUUGAUGGCUUUCCAAGGGUGUAUGCAACUGAAGGCCUGUCUGGCUUUUACAGGGGGCUUUUACCUCUUUGGGGACGGAACCUUCCAUUUUCUAUGCUUAUGUUUUCGGCUUUUGAGCAUACCGUGGACUUCCUUUAUCAGAAAGUUAUUCAAAAGAAAAAGGAGGACUGCUCAACAAUCCAGCAGCUUGGUGCUACUUGUGUGGCUGGUUAUAUCUCUGGCGCCGUUGGUACUGUUGUUUCAAAUCCUGCAGAUAAUAUUGUCUCAUCCCUGUACAACAAAAAGGCUGAAAAUAUCAUACAUGCUGUGAAAAGUAUUGGGUUUCGCAAUUUGUUCACAAGAAGCCUGCCCAUUCGGAUCGCCCUUGUUGGACCCGUCAUAAGCAUGCAAUGGUUCUUCUACGAUACUAUCAAGAUAUUGACUGGAUUGCCACCGAGUGGAGGGCUUCCGCGGGAACUGGAAGAAGUUAACAUAUAAUCUGACCAGUUUGAGAUAGGCUUCUCGAUGCAGUUUUUGGCAUCAUACGGACGAGUAUGUCUAUGGUUCUGACUUGCUAGGGAAGAGUAUGAUUGGUAGUUUCAAGGGAGAGCUAACUGACCCGAAUACAUCAUGUAUAAGAUUUCUUCCUACGAAAGAUUGCCUCGUGCUAUAUGUUUUUCCACGUCUUAAACAACCUUGAGUUUGAGCACCCCUCCAGGAGCAUUGUGGCCAGGUGGUGCUUCAGCAAGUGCAUCCCUUAUACUCUUUAUUUUGUAAGAUUUGAGGCAUGAGAAGAAUGCACUUCUGAUGUAUACACGCAACCUUGACUGUAAAUAAUCCCUUUGAAUGACCGAAUUGAAGUGGAAUUCUGUGUUA